AUGGAGGCCCUCAACGACUCGACUCCAAGGCCCUUGGCCAACGUGUUUGAGCCUGGGUUAGAUCUCAUCUCGACAGCUUCAGCGACGGCUUUAGUGCUUGGACUUAGCUACAUCAUUUGGGUCAGCAUCUACAGACUCUACUUCAGCCCCAUCGCCAAGUUCCCCGGCCCAAAGCUGGCCGCCCUGACUGGUCUGUAUGAAGCAUACUUCGACCUGGUCCCCAAAGGCGGUGGACAGUUCCCGUUCGCUAUCAAACGCAUGCACGAGAAAUACGGACCCAUCGUGCGCAUCAACCCUGACGAGCUGCACAUCGACGAUCCUGACUUCUUCGACACGCUCUAUCCAACAAGCAAGCCAUAUGAUAAACUCAAACGUCUGGAGAACCGUUUCGGGAUCCCAGGCGCGACGUUCAGCACAGCUCGCCAUGACCUUCACAAAAUACGACGCGCAGCCAUCAGCCCCUUUUUCGCAAAGUCUAAGGUACGCGAGCAGACGGGUGACAUCCAGGCGUUGAUGAACACCAUCUCGCGCCGUCUCACUACUGAAUAUGCUGGUACUGAGCGUGUGCUGAAUCUCCACGACGUCUGGCGUUGCUUCGCUGCCGACAACAUCAUGGACCUCGUCUUUGGUUCACCGUUGGACUUACAUUUGUCCCCGGAAUUUCGCGCCCCUUUCACGGGAGCCAUCACGCGGGUCACUAACUGGUCUCAUGUCACUCGCUACCUGCCGAUCUUGGGAGCGGCAACUGAUAGUCUGCCAUACUGGCUGGCGAAACGAUUGUUUCCGCCCUUUGAGCCCAUCAUCGCGUACCGGGAGGAAAUGUCCCGACAAACUGCCACCAUCCGCUCUAGCCAUCAAGCUACUGGUGGCAUCAAUGAGAAGCCGCGGCUAGGGCAGACCGGUCACGCAACUGUUUUCCAUGAGAUGCUCGCCUCCAGCCUCCCCAGUGAGGAACUAGAACACAAACGCAUGCAGCACGAGGCCGAAUCACUUAUUGGUGCCGGACUCGAGACCACUGCUUGGACGCUCGCUCUGGGCAGCUUCUACAUCUUGCAUGAUGCUGACGUCUACGCCAAGUUGGAAUCUGAGCUGAAAAGCGCCGUACCCGACGCAACCCAGAUUCCCCCGUGGGCGACGUUGGAAACACUACCCUACCUUACCGCAAUUGUAAAAGAAACUCUAAGAAUGGGCAUGGGCGUCAUCGAACGCUUAGUCCGCAUCAACCGCAACCCAGCAAACCCCUGGAUUUACAAAGGCACCGUCAUCCCGGCUAAUAUCGCCGUCAGCAUGGACCAAUAUCACAUGCUCAUGAACGAGACCGUGUUCCCAGACCCGACCGUCUUCCGGCCGGAGCGCUGGCUUGAUGACCCACGUGGACCGGACGGCAUCCACCCGCUCACCCACUACAUGACGGUCUUCGGACGGGGCACGCGCAUGUGUCUCGGGUUGAACCUUGCGUACUCAGAGCUGUAUAUCGGGUUCGCCACCUUGAUCCGCAGACACAAGCUGCGAUUGGUCGACACCUCCGUGCGUGAUGUGGCCUUCUACGCAGAGAAUACAAUCUUGUCUCCUUGGCCUGGGACGAAGGGAAUUCGUGUAUUAGUGGACAGCUAG